CGCUUUAUAGACUGCUUGUUCUAUAAGUAUAAGCACUUUAUAUAUACCUAUAUCAACAAUAUUAUUAUUGCUAGUAAGAAUAUAGAGGAGUAUCUUAAGUAUAUUAAGACAGUUCUCAAUAUCUUCAAUAAGAUAUAUAUUUACAUUUCGGUAGAAAAAUCCUUUAUAGCCUACUUAUCAGUGAGACUUCUUAGCUAUAUAGUCAAUAGCGAAGGAGUGGCGAAGAUAGACGAUAGGAUCGCUAUAUUUAAGAAACUCAAGUUUCCUAAUACCCUCGAGACCUUAGAACAAUACCUU